AUGUUUCGAGCUUCCAGACUGGGAUCUGCAGCUGCAAAUGUUACGUCAGGCCUCACAUUAAAUCACUUUGCAUGCAGGCCUCGGCUCUUCAAUUGGUGCACCGUGGGAUGCAUCUCGUAUCAAUAUAGACCAUAUGCCAGAAUCCAUCUGCGACAUUACUCGAAUUCGAAGGAUCCCGAUAGUAGGGAACGAGGACAUCAUCAACAACAACAGCAACAGCAGCAGCAGCAGCAGCAGUUAGAACAAGGUAAAAAGAAGCAGCCACUACACCCACCCUUCCGGUUCAUCACAGAACGUGAUAGAUUAUUGGCACAGGCAACUAGUAUACUACAGCGUUUGCGGAUUAAUCUGAAAUGGACGUUGACAAGAUCUAUGAGACCAUUCAACACGGACGAUAUCAGUGCGGUUGUCAGCUGGGUCCUUGUAAGCAACGUGCUCUUGAUAUUCCUAUUCACCACGACUUUUUUAUCAUUGGCAAUAUACCUCUUGAAUACGGUGUUUGCACAGGAGUACUUGGCCACCAAAGUUGGUAACUUUUUGACCAAGAAUAGUGCACUAUCCGUUGUCUUUGAGAGUGCCAUCGUUCCAGACUGGUCCUCGGGUAAAAUAUCAUUCAAUAGAGUAUUCGUCUCAAGGAGACCUAAACUCCCCUACGGUGUCACUAAAGGUUCUCAACAGGAAGCUGUUGAGCGGGCCAAAUUGGCACUAAGCGAGCGUUUACUAGUGAGCAGAGAAGACUUUGACGAUGGUAAUUAUACGCAAUUUGAUCUUACGAUCGACCAAGUAGAAAUAUCAGUGUCUCUAAGCAAGUGGAUUAAUGGGAAAGGGUUCUUGGAUGAAGUCACGAUUAAUGGUUUACGCGGUGUUGUGGAUAGAACUCAUGUCUUUUGGAAAGAAAAUGAUGAUGCUAGAAACUAUCUGAAUGUACACCAACCUGGUGAUUUUGAAAUUUCCAAGUUUGUCAUGAAUGAUGUAUUGUUCACUUUGUACCAACCGAAUGGUUUCAGGCCAUUUUUGGUUAGCAUAUUCAAUUGUGAACUUCCUCAAUUGAGAAAGCACUGGCUUUUCUUCGAUUUCUUGAACGCAGAUAACAUCAGUGGAUCCUAUGAUAAUUCGAUGUUCACGAUUCAUAAGAAAUACAAAGAACGCGAUGUUAAUACGAAAGCAGAAUCGGAUAAUGCUUCAGGAUCUGGAUCCACUGGAUCGACUUCACACCAUUCCCCUUGGCAUAAAGUUACUCAGAUGCGUGUAGAUAAUCUCAAUAUUGACCAUCUAAAUGCAGGAAUAGAGGGUCCAUUUGGUUGGAUCACCAGUGGUCAAGUUGAUAUGAUUGGAGACCUACUGCUACCUGAAAACGAUAUCGAUGCAUCUCAAAUCUCAGAGAUUCUAACAGUCGUAAGAGACACCAUCUUGAAAGAAGCACGCCGACACUCAGAUAUUAUUCCCGUUGAUAUCCCAGAGCCUAAGGACAUCGACGUGAAGCAAUAUUUCAUUAUGGAUUUCUUUCUAAAAUUGCACAAUGUCAAGGCAGAAGUCCCAUUGUUUAGCACCGACCUAUCAUAUAUUAACAAUGCUUUGAUUAGACCAAUUGUUGGCUACAUUAACUCAAGAAGAACAUAUAUCCCUAUCAGGUGUCGGGUAGUCAAAAAUUUGAAUGACUUCUCAGGAGCUUGGACAAUCUAUGAUAGUAGGUUAAUGGAUGAUUUAAGUGCUGAGGUAUAUGAUGCCUUCGCGGAUUACGUUGCUGACGAUGAACGAAUCAACUUACGGAUGAAAAGGGUCGGGUUUUGGACACUGCAACUCAUAAUACAAGUGGUUUUGAUGAGUUUGGGCGCUAUUGCCUGA